AUGUUCAUUAAGGCAUUUUUGCUGGCCGAUUCCCGAUUUGAAUUCACAAAUAUUAAUUGCACUUCUUAUGAAAAGAGAAUAGCCGAGUUUGAAUACUGCUACUUGAAGUCUAUUAAUCGCAGCUAUAAAUAUUUAUCGGGAAAGCUUAAAGUGUAUGAAAUUCCUUUACCAAACAUGAAGGUUAAUUUUGUAUUAUGGAAGCGCUUAAAUGGAUAUAAGCCUUUUCUCUACAAUGUAACAGUGGACUUGUGCAAAUUUUUGGCAACACCGAAAUCAAGCCCUGUGGUUAAAUUUGUUUACGAAUCAUACGUGACAUUUUCAAAUUUUAAUCAUUCUUGCCCUUUCAAUAACGAUCUAUAUGUAGAAAAGCUUCCCGUUGACUUUAUGAAUCACCGACUGACCAAAAUUCUUCCUUUUCCCGAAGGUGAUUAUCUCUUUGAAUUCUUGUGGUUUCGUUCUAGAUCUGUGAUUGGAAGCGCUAAAAUAUAUUGUACUGUUUCAUAA